AAAAUCUUGAAAAAAAGAAAGAAAAAUCUUGAAAAAAAAGCGUGAAAAGUGCCAUGAAAAGAAGGCAGUGUAUUUAGUAUUUCCUUCCAGCAUUGUACUCUUAUCAUUUGAAUUCCGCUGAAGUAAAGAGAGUGUGUGUGUGUGAGAGAGAGAGAGAGAUCAGAUAGUGAAGAAGAGAAGAGAAGCGAUGCCAGAGGAAACGACUUCAAUUGACUACGUUAUGGAGGCGGCUUCUGGGCCCCACUUCUCCGGCCUCCGUCUCGACGGACUCCGCUCUUCUCCUCCGUCUUCUUCCACUUCUUCCCCCGCCGCUCACCGCUCCCCCGUUCCCCCUUCCGCUUUCUCUUCCUCCUCCUCCUCCUCAUCGGCUCUAACUGACUCCAACGCCCCCAAGCAGCCUUUCGUCAUCGGAGUUUCGGGCGGUACGGCUUCGGGUAAGACCACCGUGUGUGACAUGAUCAUCCAGCAACUCCAUGAUCACCGUGUCGUGCUCGUCAAUCAGGACUCGUUUUACCGAGGUUUGACUGCUGAAGAAUCCAAUCGUGUGAAUGAAUAUAACUUUGAUCAUCCUGAUGCAUUUGAUACUGAGCAGCUUCUGGAUUGCAUUCAAAAUCUCAAAGAUGGACAACGUUACCAGGUUCCGAUUUAUGACUUUAAGAUACAUCGUCGCUGCAAGGAUAGUUUUCGGCAGGUAAAUGCUUCUGAUGUUAUUAUUUUAGAGGGGAUUCUGGUUUUCCAUGACCAACGUGUCCGCAACCUGAUGGAUACGAAGAUUUUUGUUGAUACUGAUGCUGAUGUGAGGCUUGCUCGUAGAAUAAGACGUGACACAGUUGAGAGGGGCAGGGACAUAAACUCUGUUCUUGAACAGUAUGCAAAGUUUGUCAAACCUGCUUUUGAUGAUUUUGUUCUCCCAUCAAAGAAGUAUGCUGAUGUGAUUAUUCCCCGGGGAGGUGAUAAUCAUGUUGCCAUUGAUUUGAUUGUGCAACAUAUCCGAACUAAACUUGGUCAGCAUAACCUCUGUAAAACAUACCCCAAUGUGUAUGUCAUUCAGUCGACAUUUCAGAUAAGGGGUAUGCAUACGCUGAUUAGAGACCGGGAAAUAUCGAAGCAUGACUUUGUAUUUUAUUCAGAUCGACUUAUUCGUCUGGUUGUGGAGCAUGGCCUUGGCCAUCUGCCAUUCACUGAGAAGCAAGUAGUUACUCCAACAGCAUCGGUAUAUACUGGGGUUGACUUUUGCAAGAAAUUGUGUGGGGUUUCCAUCGUUCGAAGUGGUGAAAGCAUGGAAAAUGCCUUGCGCGCAUGCUGUAAAGGAAUAAAAAUUGGAAAAAUUUUAAUUCAUCGCGAUGGAGAUAAUGGCAAGCAGCUUAUAUAUGAGAAGCUUCCCAAGGAUAUAUCUGAACGGCAUGUCCUGCUUCUAGAUCCGGUUCUUGCUACAGGGAAUUCUGCUAACCAAGCAAUCGAACUACUCAUACAGAAAGGUGUACCAGAAUCCCACAUUAUAUUUCUAAACCUCAUCUCUGCCCCUGAGGGAAUUGAGUGUGUUAGCAAAAUGUUCCCAUCCUUGAAAAUUGUCACCUCUGAGAUUGAUGCUUCUCUGAAUGAAGAAUACCGUGUCAUACCAGGUUUGGGUGAGUUUGGUGAUCGUUAUUUUGGUACUGACGAUUGAUCAAUGAUCGUUGAAAUGUGAAGAUUUUGAGCCUUAACAGGACUGGCCUAUGCCUUUGAAUUAGGUUUUUUUAUUCAAACUACUAGACAGAAGAUCUGCAGAUGCAUUUAUAUGAAUUUCAUAGCAGCCAGCUUUGCUGCUAUUUUCCUUUCUAUGGUACAUUUAUGUUGUCAAAUAUUUUACUAAGAAUCUUCAACAGAGCAUAAUGAGAUGAUUGCCAGUUUACUUAA